AUGGAGAGCCGAGCGCACACACUGAGAGUUAUUGAUGAAGCCUAUGAAGCGAAGAGAAGGCUUUACAAAAUUCUGCUCUUUUUUGGACUACUUGGAGUUAUUUUGGUCGGAAGUGUGACUUUUUCGAUGAAUUUGAACGAUCGAGAAGGGAAUCGGCAUCCGAGAAACGCCGACGAUGAUCAGAUUCUUUUAAGUGUUUGCCGAAAUCGAACGCAGCGAUUGAAUGAAAAAAUCAAAGAAAGGGACGAUAAGCUUCUCGAAAGCACGCGUGAACUCGAGACUCAAAAAGCACAAAUCAACGACAACGUGACAAAUUUGGAGAAACAAAUCGCCAACCUUAAAACUCAGCUGGAAAAUCAACAAAAGCAAAUAAAUUCUCUACAAUCUGUCGAGAGCACUCAAAAAGCCCAGAUUGCCUCACUUCAAGAAAAAUACAAAGCUUGCACUAACUCGAAGAACAUGUUGCCGUGCCCGAUUGGAUGGCAAUUAUUUGGUGGUUAUUGUUAUAAGUUCUCCUUCCAGUACGUCAAAUACGAUCAAGCGAAAGAAAUGUGUGAGAAGGAAAAUAGUCAUUUGGUUUCAAUUCACAGCGCUGUGGAGAACGAUUAUGUCGCCAGCUUCCUCCCAAAGGAAAACCAUUUCAUUUGGAUCGGAGCAGAGCUUUCUGGUUCGACAUGGAUCUGGAGUGACGGAAGUGCGAUGAGCUUCACGAGCUGGUGGAGCGGAUUGCAACAGCAAGUCGAUGUCGGCGGGAAAUGGGGUCAUCUAUCAACUCCGGGCAAGGGAUGGGGUGCAAGUUUACGAUCAUCGACGCACGGUGUUGUCUGCAAGAAGCCAACGCACAAA